GGGAAGGCGGUGCGCGGCUCCUCGAGAACGCUGUGUCGACGCUCUCUCGUUCCAGCGGUCGCUUCGCUGCGCCCGACACACCGCACCCCGGGAACGCGUUCGUUUCUCCUCCGGCGUGAGUGCCUUGUUGCCAGGGGGGUGCGCUGACGGCGAGCCAGUGACACCUGACGGAGGCAGAGCAUGGCCCUCGCCUCGCUGUUGGCACGGGAGGAACUGUCCCGCUGUGCAGGCGCCCUGUGAGUCACUCUGUCGGCCACCCUGCCGCCCGAACCCCUUCCAGGAGACGAAGGGAUUAAAAAAAAAAAAAACGAAAAUAAAAAUCAGGUGUUUCCGCCCUGAUUCCUCGAUCAUUCGAUCCUUUGCUCAUUUCCCUCUAUUUCCUGUGAAAUACUCGCGUGGGAAUUAUGGUGACGCGAUAAAGAGCAGAAAAAAAUCUAAAAAAAAAUAAUAAUAAUAAUAAAAAUAAAAAUAAAAUACAUAUAUAUAUAUCAAUUUUAACUGAAAAAAAUAAGAGAGAGAGAGAGAGAGGGAAAACAAGAAAAAUAUAUUCGAGACUAAUCCGUGUGCUAAGUGGAUUCUGUGGAUGUAUAACCUUUAGUGCGCUUGGCCUUUCAAAUAGAUCAACCCUGAUAUAUAUGUGUGAGCGCGGAGUGUGGAGGUAAUUCAGCAUAUAGGUUAAUGGUGUCAUUAUUUCCAGUUGGUGCACCGGCGGAAGAUAAAUUUUGAUAACAGUAAAGUUCAGAAUAUCAUUACCUAAAAAAAAAAAGAAAGAAAAAAAAUGUAUAGACACAUUGGAUAAGGUCGAACACGGUGUGCGACAAAGAAUGGUUAUCCAUUUAGUCAUACGUGGUGAACCGUUCGUGAAAUUUGCAUCUAACUGAGCGCUUUCCCUGUUGCAGCUGUUGAAUGAUGUCAGAAUUAUAAGUGCAGCUGAAACGACUGAUAUUUAACAGCUAUUGGAAGGCAGUAUCAACAAUUCUUUUAUAACACAGUUGUUAAAUGAUGUCAAAAUUAUAAGUGCAGCUGAAACGACUCUUACUGAAUAGCUAUUGAAGUCUGUCAUUAUGAUAUAGUGCAGUUCCGACGCGUCUUUAUAAUACAGCUGUUGAAGUGAAGCUGAAAAAAGCCUUUUUACUUCACGGCUGUUAAGUGUGGGAAAAAUCACAGGAGCAAUACUUAUAACCGGGAAUCUCUGUUUCUGUUGCAAUUUUUUUUUUAAUCUGAUUGCACGGUAAGCUUUUAUAGCGUUGUAAAAAAAUCGGUUUAGUACAAUGUUGCAAGGGACGUUGCAGCGUGCAAUCGAGUCUCCCUGUGAUGGCUUUGUGAUUGGGAUCUUAUGCGUGUGAGGUGAUGGAAAGAAGGGUGCAGUGAGGAAGAAGAGAAAGAGAAGAAAGGAGGAAGAAAAGAAAAAGGAAGAAAGGAGGAAGAAAGGGAAAAGGAGAGGAAUAAGCAGGAGGAAGAAAAGAAAAAGGAUUAGUGGAAAGAAGGAGAAGAAUGAAAUCAAGCAGGUGACGCGAGCGGCGGGCGUGGGCGCGGCGAGGGAGGGCCCCGACGCCGGCGCUAUGGACCCUCGCUCCUCCGGUCGCCACCGCUCCCUCGCCACCGGAGGCCACUCCCCCCACACCCACUGGGGCCACACGAACCUGUCGGCGGCGCACGCGGGCCACCUGGGCUACGGCGGGUACGAGGGGCACGUCACCCUCAACGGCGACCUCGGCCUCAGGAGGGAGGACGAGCGAUCCUCCAAGUCGUCGGUGUCGCAUCUGUCGUUGCUGUCCGCUUCCUUCCCCUGCAGCCUGACCUCCUCCAUCAAUGACCUGACCAGCGAGGCCGCCGUCCUGGAGACAGCCAUCAAGAACAAUGACACGUACCAAGUUAAGAGACUCCUCGAGCUGCACCAUGACAAGUUCCAGAUCGACCUCCACGGCAGCAUCCUGGACAAGUCCUCCUGCGACACCGGCAGCCGCUGCGUGUCUCAGGAUGUCGAAAUCCUCCUCAGGAAGUCCCAGACGCUCAUUGACAGGUACGACCACCGGAGCGAGGCGAGCAGCGACGAGAACGCGAUCCCGGGCGUGUUCACCAACGCGCUGCACCUGGCGGUGGACUACAGCGCCGCCGACGUGGUGAGGCUGCUGCUGCGCUACGGCGUGGAGCCCAACCGGGGGGGCCUGGUCAACCUGGGCGGCGGGGGGUCGGUGGGGGGCGGGGGCCUGCACGGGGCCCGCGCCCGCCCCUCCCCCCGCGUGUCCCCCACCAGCGUGCUCAGCGUGGACCGCAGGAGCUUCACGGGCCACUACAUCAGCUCGCCCUCCCCGCGCUGCUCGCCCAGGGCGUCCCCGAGGGCGUCCCCGAGGGCGUCCCCGAGGGCCUCGCCCAGGGCGUCGCCCAGAGGCUCCCCAAGGGCGUCCCCCCGAGGCUCGCCGCGCUGCUCGCCCCGCUCGGGCUCCCCGAGGUCCUUCUGCUCGCGCCCGUCGUCGCCCCGGGCCGCCUCCCCGCUGCACUUCGUCCCGCCGCCCGUGCCCUACUCCGACCCCGAGGUGCGCCUGCGGCCGCAGGGCUUCCGCCAGCAGAUGCAGCAGCUGGGCAUCAGCAAGGGCGAGAGCCUGCGCGGCGGCGGCGGCGAGGACGAGCGCAGCAAAGUGCGCGUGCCCAAGCGCGCGCCCGAGCCGUCCAGAACCGCCGGCGUCGGAGGGGGGGGUGGCACCGGGCACGGGGGGGGCGACGACGGCGGCCCAGUGACUUCCCCGGGAAAGAAAGACAGUAGGUUAGAUUUCCACCUAGAUGUUAGAACUGACGGCAAAAUAGAUAAUAAUAAGAAACAGUUAUAUUUUACGAAAUCCGCAAAAAACGGGGCCAAUUCUAGUGAGGAUAGAUCCAGAUUAGUGCUUUCGAGUGACGGGACGAGAGAAGGAGGAGGCAACGGAGGAGGAGGAGGGGCGGCGGGCGGCGGCGCGCAGGACAGGAGCAAGAAGGAGAGCCGGUCGCCGGGCGCCCUCGAGAGCAAGAGCAUCAUCAAGGACGACUCCAAGAAGGACGUGUUCCGCGAGCGCGAGAAGGACAAAGACGAGAAGAUGAAGGAGACGCGGAAGGACGUGUCGACGCGGCGGGUGUCGUGGGUGCCGGGCGUCACCGACAACGCCGCCGCCACCAGGGACAAGCCGGCCUACAAGCGGAGGCACUCGUCCGUCGUUAAGUCGAGCGAGGUCACCUUCCAGCGCCAGAGGUCGUUCUCGCUCGACAGCCAGCAGCAAGUGCGGCUGUCGAUGCCCGGGUCGGCGUCGUGGCUGGUGGUGCCGCGGCCGGUGAUCUCGACGGAGAACAGCACGACGCGGCUGGCGGAGCCCCGGGGCGAGAGGGACCGCUCCGAGCCGCGCUACUUCACCUUUUCGGACAUCCACCCGUGCACGUGGGACGGUAACCCGCCCCACUCGGCCACGCAGGGCGGCAUGGCCAGGGGCCCCUCCAGCGCUCGGCCGGGGGCGCCGCACUCGGCGGGGGCCGGGGGGUCCCACCCUGCCGGGGCGCGACUCCUGGUCCUGAACCCCGACGUCCCGAAGGAGAGGCUCAUCACCUACACGAGCGCCGAGGGGGCCAGGCUCACCUUCGCCGACCUGUACACCCGAGACUACCUGUACACCCUGCCCGUGCUGUUCCUGGCGGCGGCGCGGGGCAACUCGGCCAUCACGUACCUUCUGCUCAAGUACGGCGCGUCCCCCGGCAUCACGGACGCCCUGGGCAACACCCCGCUGCACAUCGCCGCCUGCCAGAUGAACGUCGCCUGGGAGAGCGUGCUCGACCUGCUGGAGUUCGGCGCUCCGAUCUCGCGGCCGAACAGCGUGGGCAACAGGGCGCUGGACCUGCAGCCGACGCUCGUCAGGUUGCAGGAGCAGCUCGUCCUUGACUGCUUCGCGACCUUCGAGCCUCCCGCGCGCCCUGAGCCCGACCCGGUGACGUCAUCCAACCGCGACCUGGCCCAGGGCCCGACCCGCCAGCCCUCCAACCUCCUGAAGCGGCUGCAGGGCGUGGCCAACCGCGACAAGGUGGUGGGCACGAUCGGGUCGAGCCUGAAGGGGCGCGUGGCGGGCGGGCGGACGGGCAACCUGCGCGGCGAGAAGGAGGAGGACGCCAGCACCUCCUCCGCCGAGGCCGGCCAUCUCCAGUCCUCCGGCAGCGUCAGGAGCCGCGGCGGGUCGGGGCCCAGGCCGGGGCACGACUUCAGGAGCAAGGAGCUGACCUGGGAGACCCUGAUCCACCUGGGCAGCCGCCGACGGAUCCGCCAGCUGCACGAGGAAGGAAUGGACUCCGAGACUGCAGGGAAGACGACGGUGGUGGAGGCGGAGCGAAGCAUCUCCCUCCUGAAGCGCCUGUCCUCGAACCCCGAGUGCUUGGGCUUCAUCGUCAAGAACCUCUUUGCAACAGCUUCCAACGUCAUCGACUUCUACGAGCGUUGCACCGAGAACCAGCUUCACACGUGCUUCAAUUCGCUCUUGCAUAACUUGCUGAAGAACAUCCUGGAGCUCCUGUGCGGCAGCGGAGGCGCGGGAGGAGGAGGAGGCGCCGCAGGAGGAGGAGGAGGAUCGGGCGCCGCAGCCUCCGAGGGCGGCCUAGGAGACUCCCCCGCCGCUUCGUACAUCACGCCGGGGUCGCCGAGUGGCCGGAAGGAGGCGGCGGCGGCGGUGUGUCUGCUGGUGCGGCUGUGCAGCGUGUUGCUGUCGGGCGUGCAGGAGUUGCAGUUCACGGCCAUGUCGACGCUCAACAAGGUCAUCGACGCGGCCGUCGUGCACCGCAUCGGCGACCUGGGCAUCGACCCCGAGAACCACCUGCUGCCGCCCGGCUCCGAGAGAAAAGCCAAGAUCCAGCUACCUGUGUUCUCGCCUCAGCCGUCACGCCUCGUGCGCCAGAACAGCAGAACAGGCAGUGUCAUGAGCGGUGACAGGAGCCCGAGUACAGUUGGCACUCCGGACUCCAUACCUGGUCGUGGCACCAUGGGGCACUUUGGGCAGUGGAUGCUCAUGUGGCGGCAACACACAGCGAAGGAUGCCAACGAUACGGAAAAGGAUGCAAAUAACACUACUAUAAUCGGAACCCUGGCCAGCAUCCCAGCCGUGUCCAUCCUGAACGUCAUGCACAACGCCAUCACUCUCCACAAACGAACCGUGGGCGCGAAGCAGCAAUGCACGCCCAGUCAGAGGCUCCGUCUCUGCCGGUCGCACUGCCUCCAGAUCCUGAGCGCCAGAGUCCUGCUGUUCAUGACGCACAGCCCGGCCAUCCAAUCACAGCUCGUCGAGGAGAAUAGCCUGCGCUCAUUGGUCGCGGCCCUGGACACCACGCACGACCCGCAACUCCUCUGCUCAGUCCUCCAAGUCGUGGCCACGCUCGCUCUCACGCCCCACCAUCACCAAGCUCUCCUGGCCGCCAAGAUCCCCGACGCCCUCACCCAGCUGGUUCUGCCGUCCGACGAGUGGUUCUACACCAACCACUCCACCAGGCACGCCCGUUACGUCAAGCACCACGCCGCCCGCACCUUGGUUUACCUCGGCCUCCAACACCGCGUCAACCACCGGGUUAAUGUGUACGACCUUCUGUUGGACGAGGCCCCGCCCCCGACGCCCCUGGGAGAGAGCUCCGAGGACGACUACAUCAUGAUGACUUCAGCGCCGCCCCCCAUCGUGUCGUCGCAGGAGAAGAAAGUCCUCGGGAUGUCUGUAGAAGGGAUGGUCCUGCACACGCUGAAGACGCUCGAGAGCACGAGCACCUCCGGCAUCACCCCGACGAGCACAACCUCCAUGGACUGGGUCAGCGAACCUCCUGAGUCGGCGAGAGGUCUAGGCGUUGGGUUUCGAGGCGGAAAGCGACUCGCCGGAAAGGAGGAGGGGCCUCUGGGGCGCCGCCUGCUGUCCUGCCUCAUGCUGGGGCUGCCGCUCGUCCUGCACCCGGUCAUCUUCCUCCGCCUCCUCCUUCACCGCCUGCUGACGUCCAUGCACCACCUCACCAAGUGGAAGUCGUGCACGUCGCGCUCGUCCUGGACCUCGCACUCGUCGGAGGUGUGGCGCGCGCGCUCCCGCACCUCCUCCUCGGAGACCGACGCCUCCACGCUGCGCAAGAGGCGCAGGGUCAACCUCACGCUCGACUUCGCCGAGGCCUGCCCCGAGGAGCCGCCCCUGUCGCCCGCGUCGCAGGAGGACCUCCGGCGCGCGUCGGCCAUGGCGUCGCGCGCCAACAGCGAGGACGCGCAGCUCAAGCUCCACCACAGGAAGGUGUCGACGCCGGGCAGCGCGCUCUCGCAGCCCGGCUCCGGGAGGCGCCUCCGCGACACCCUGGCCGCCAUCAGCACCACCGACGUCAGCGUGACGCUCCAGCAGCUGCUGCCGGCGCGCCUGCGGGCCGCCGAGUCGCACAACUCCAUCAGCAGCUCGUCGAAGGGCACGACGCCCUCCAGCUCGCCCUCCAUCUUCCAGAAGAGGAGCUUCCGCUUCUCGAGCUUGCACAAGAAGCGCUCCAAGUCCGUGCACGACCAGAUCAACUCCUCGGGCUCGACGCCCAACAUCUCGCAGUCGCGCAACGACCUGGCGUCCUGCGAGGAGGACAUCGUGGCCUUCCAGAGGCAGCUGCAGAACCUCCCGUCGUACGAGCUCAUGGACGCCCCGGACCUGCAGACCCCGCCCCCCUUCCGGCAGCGCUCGCGCUCCGUGCCGCGGGUCACGUUCGAGAGCAUGUCGACGCUGCUGGUGCCGCGCCCCACGCCCAUCGGCCGCUCGCCCACCGCCGGCGCGGACUUCAACACCGGCCUGCUGUCCACGCACCUGACGCUGCCGCCCAGCCCGCACCUGUCGCCCACCACGCACCUGUCGCCGCACCACUUCCCCGUCCCGCACCUGUCGCCGUCGCGCUCCGCCCACAACAUCGCCUCGUCCACGCCCCUCCACUCCCCGGGCGUGGCGUCGCCGCACAACCUGGCGUCGCCCGUGUCCUCGCACGUGUCGCAGGGCUCGCCGCGCCCCUCCUCGCCCUUCCUGUCGCCCGGCUCGCCCUACUCGCCCCACUCGCUGUCCUCGCCGCGCCUCCGCUCGCCCGCGCUCUCGCCCAUCACGCCCCCGCGCUUCCCCCCCACGCUGGCGGGCAACGCCGACGACGCCCCGCUCUCCGCCCUGCCCUCCAGCCUGCAGGCGGGCGGGGAGGACCUGCGGGGCGUGGCCUCGUCCCGCUCCAGCUCCGUCACGCCCACGAGGUACCGCCGCUUCGACUCCCCCGUGUACAUCGUCGUCGACAUUCCAGCCGUGCACAGGGCGGUGCUCCAGUGCGUCGAGGAGUGGCUUCAGUCGGGCGGCGUGCAGGUGGAAGGCAACCCCACAGUGGCCCGCGAACUGAGCGAAUUCCUCACGCGUGUGGCCCAGUGCGGCGCCCCCUACCAGCAGUGGUGUGAUGAUCUGCGCUCCCACUGGAACAUCACGGACAUCGACGGCAGCGAAGAUGAAGAAGAAAGCGUCGAACAGAUAAACCGAGACUAUUGCAAGCUGCAGCACCUGGUGGUGAGCGGCGAGUUGGCCUGCAGCAAGGAGGAAGCCGCAUCCCUCGCCUGCAUCCAGCUGAGGAUCGAGGAGACGUGGGCGCCACCCGACCCCCCCUCCUCCGCCCACACCUUGCCCCCCACCUCGACGCACGCCCACCAUGCCAGCACCCCCGCGCCCACGCCCACGCACGCCCUCUCGCCGGGGCCGGGGCACGCUAGCCUCUCGGCCACGGUGCCCGCCCGCGACCCGACCUUCAGUUUCGGGGUCGCCAACAGCCAUUCCACGCCCACGGGACUCUACGGACACGCCCAGACGCACGCCUACGCCCCUUCGUCGCUAGCCCCGCCCACUGCCUCUAGCUUCCUCCAGUCCCACGCGGGCUACCACGGGGGCUUCCUCGCCUCCGCCCACACGCACCAGAAUGGAAAGGAGGGCGUGCAGCUGGCGGUGCCCGUGGCGCCGGCGGAGUCCCAGCGGCGCCACUCCUUCACGCCGCACCACGACGAGGACGACGACGACUACUCCACGGCGACCACCAACACGGGCGGCGCGGGGGGCGGCGUGGGCGUGGCCAGCUUCUCCGGCAGCGGCAGCUCCUCCUCCGGCCGGCGCCCCGCCACCAUCCCCGCGUCGGAGAGCUUCAUGGGCGGCCCCGGCGACCUGUUCCGCGGCUGCUACGGCGCCCUUGACCCCCACAAGAAGGGCGGCCAGCCCGCGCUCGCCUCGAUAGCUGGGUAG